AACCAACAUUUUGGUUAUUACAAGAAGCUGAAAACUAUUUCUAUUUUGAAUGGACUCCAUUUUAUGCAUCAAAAAGUGAUGCAUUAAAACUGAAUUUAAACAAAUAUGACAUAACAAGACAAUUAAAAACUGAUGAAACUGCAUCAAAAUUACAAACUAUUGGUACAGCAUGUAUAAAUGAAGAGUAUACUAUUACAGAUCAUCGUUUACACAUUUAUGUGAUUGAUAGUGUCAUUUCAAAAAGGAAAUUAAAUUAUAAACGUA